GAAAGAACAUGUCUCUUUUGGCUGGAGUGAAACUUGAAAAACGCGACAAAACGUUGGUCGACGCAACUGAAGCUCUAGCUGGAAAGGCCGUCGGAUUCUACUUCUCGGCUCAUUGGUGCCCACCGUGCCGCGGCUUCACACCAAUUCUCAAGGAUUUCUAUGAGGAGGUUGAAGAUGAGUUCGAGGUCGUCUUCGUCUCUUUCGAUCGUAGCGAGAGUGAUCUGAAAAUGUAUAUGAGCGAGCACGGUGAUUGGUACCAUAUCCCAUAUGGAAAUGAUGCCAUCAAGGAACUUUCCACCAAGUACGGAGUUUCCGGAAUCCCAGCUCUCAUCAUCGUCAAGCCAGACGGUACUGAAGUAACAAAGGAUGGACGUAACGAUGUGCAAAAUGGAAAGGAUCCAAAGGCCACCGUCGCCAAGUGGAAGGCUUAAGCCGAAUCUGCCGACAUAAUUCUCUGCAAUGCAUCUUUCUCGAUUUGUUCAACCAUUUUGAAGCCAUUCCCAUCUAAACAUCCAUUUGCAAUACCCAUCUCUCCUAUGAUCCUAAAAUAUUUCUCUUUUGUAUGGAAAUUGGCAGUAAACAAUAAUAAAUAUAUUUAUUGAU